GGGGAGCUAGCGAGCUCGCUCGCCAGGCCAGCCAGCCAGGCAGGGGUAAGGCGGCUCCUUCUCUGGCUUUCUAGACCCUCGGUCGUUUGGAGUUGGCCCUGAGGGUUUGCUGGAGGUCAGGUGAAGGUUUACAUCACUGCUGUUGCUCGUGUCGGCUGUCCCAACUCUGGAGUUGGGGGUCGUGAGGUUGCUGUAGGUCAGGUGAAGGCUUGCAUCACUGCUGUGGCUUUGUGUCGGCUGUCCCGAAUCUCCCACUUGUUUCCACGUACACCCUGCGUAGGUUGCGUUGCGCAGGGCCACUUGGCAGUGAUAACAAAUCUCUGUUGCAAAGCUCGAGCCGGACGUGGCAGGAAAGGUCGUUGGGGCUAAGAGAGUGCCAAACUUUCAUCCUCCUUCGAUCUCAUAUUCAAGGUUAAACGCUCAGGACGCCGUCGCGAGCAGAACCACAACACCUGUGGUUGGGUGGUGGGGGGACGGUGAAACCGGCCGUCGAUGCGCCAGCACCUUCUGCAAGCGAUGGAACCUUCAUCUGGCGGGGCCACCGUUGUCGACCUCAACGGAACCACGACGACGCCACCACCAUCGCUGCUCAACCGCUCGCGGUGCCGCACCGACGACUCGUACACCUACCCGGUCUACGCGGCGCUCUACAGCCUCAUCGUGGCGCUCGGCCUGCCGGGCAACACCGUCGCCCUCUACGCGUUCACUCGCCGUAUCCGGAGCAGAGGCGCCGCCGUGCGCUACUGCACCAACCUGGCGUGCUCCGACCUGCUCUACAUCCUAACGUUGCCGCUGCAGAUCGCGUACUACCUGCGCGACGGCGACUGGCCCUUCGGCGACGCGCUCUGCCGCCUGACCGUCUACACCUUCUGCGUCAACGUCCACUGCAGCAUAUUUUUCCUGACGGCCAUCAGCGUCAAUCGCUACAUGUCGGUGGCGCGGCCCGUGCAGCACUGGGGCGGCCGAGGCGGGCGGGCCAAGCGGACGUGCGUGGCCAUAUGGGCCUUCACGGCGCUGUGCAGCCUCCCCGUCAUGAUCACGGGCACCCACGCGGAGGAGGGCGGCCGCGUGCGCUGCUGGGAGCACGAGAGCGGUGCCGUCCACAAGUUCGUCAUGGGCUCGGCGGCGAUGCUGGUCGGCUUCGUCGCACCCUUCGCCGUCAUCGUCUUCUGCUACGUCACCGUCGUCCGCGUGCUCGCCGCGAGGCCGGUGGUGCGCGGCGGCGCCCGCCCAGGUGCAUGGAGGACCAGCCGCAGGGUGUGGGCCCUCAGCCUCACCGUCGUCCUGCUCUUCCUGGUGCUCUUCCUGCCGUACCACAUCGUGCGCACCACCUACCUGUUCGCCGAGCUGCGGGCGUCGCGGGGCAGCCGUGUCGCUUGCGAGCAGAUCGCCGAGCUGAAGCCGUUCGUGGUGGCCACGGUGUGCAUGGCGACCGCCAAUGGCUGCUUCGACCCCGUCGUCUACUUCUUCUGCAGCAAGCACUUCCGCAGCUUCCUCUUCCGCCUGAUGCCUGACCCCUUCCCUUGGCGGUGGAGGCGGCGGCGGCGCCAGGCCUCGCAGCGCCAGGCUGGGCAUUGCCUCGACGGGCGCCCUCCGCCACGACGGAUGUUUGCCGCUGUCCCGAUGGACACCUCCGCGAAGGCCCCCGUCGAAGAUACGGAGACCGAGGCUUCCGUGCAGGAGCCUGCAACCACGAGGCCGAGGGACGUCGAGGAGGUCCCCUUGGAUGUGCUUGAGGACUGGCAGACAAAAUGAUGCUGUCUGCAGACAGUGAGCGCCCCCCCCGCCUAAGUAAAUGUGUACAGAUAGACAAAACAAACCGUCGUUACCAAGACAAGUUCAACAACUUUCCAAAGUGCCUCCAAUGGAACAUUCCUACCCUCCUCCUAUGCCUAUGUGAAUGUACGCGUGCAGUCAAUGAGGAUCCCCGUCACUUUUUUUUCUGGAUGAGGGCCUCUGUAAGACAUGCACGCCCGUGUGGGUUGAUUUCAGCACACUUCGGCACGCCGCUCAUUGCAUGGUUUGUCAAAGUGAGGAGCAAUUAGGCAGGGCAGGAGUACAGCAAAAAGGAUCUUUCUGUACUUUGGAAUGUAAACACUACAGGGUGUCUGUCGAGACAAGGCAUACGUGACACGUGGGGUCAACAAUGAUCAAUUCCCCUUCAAGGUGUAGCCCUUUAAUGUACACAUCGAUCACAGCUGCAUUCCUGGGGUGAUCGGGAUUUUACUUUGGUGCCCCCCCCCUGCCCAGGAUAUGGAAGUCCCUCUUGGUGGCCACCCAAUUGUGAAGCUCCCUAUCGUUGGUGAUCUAGAUCUUGGACAGCGUCGAUAUCUUUAAAUCCCUCACUAAGAAGACAUUUUUAAAAACAGCUUUCCUCUAACCGGCACUGUUACUCCCCGGGUCUUGUUUUGCCACCAAGUUCCUUUACCAUCAUUGUCUUUUUCAUGCCCGACGCAUGGAGACGUUGUGAAAGGUGCUUGAUGAGUGCUAAUUAUCCUAAUAAUUAAUUAAAUAGCACGAGCAAGUGUCUUCCGAGGUGGUCAGGUGGCUCAGGUCAGUGCGACGGGCUGACACCGCUGAGAUCCUGGGUUUCGGAUCCAGGCAGCUGCUCGUGAUUAAGCCGGGUUCUGAAGUGUGGUUAGUUAACGGUGUCAGCCCGCUCACCAAAUCACUAAGAUUGUACAACAAUAAAACAUACUCAUCACGUUGAAUUCGGUUCUGUGAGUAAUUUGGCUCUAUUGCAGCUCCAAGAAUAUUUAAACUGAAACUAAACCAAGCUAUUGUUAUUUUACCAGAUAAAAUCGCCCACUGAGCUAUGAAGCUCUGUUUUAGAAGCGACCUGGCCACAAAUGAUAGGUCAACAAGGUGGCUUGUCUUGUGGAAAUGUACAGCAGCCAAAUACUCUAAAUGCAUACUCAUACUCUUUUGUUCUUUCGGUAAAGUCACGUAGGUAUAAAAUAAAAUAAAUUGCUUGUUUAUAAAUGUGGAUGGAAAAACCAGAGGACCUGGAGAAAAAUCCACACGACCACGAGGAGAACAAGCAAACUCUAAUUUUUAGGCGUCGGGAUCGAACCUAUACGACCUCCUGUAUACCAGACAAAGUAGUUAACAUCUCGCCAAUAACAUUUCACUGUCACGCAACAGGCAUUACCCCUCAUUGCAGAGCAUGUGGGAACGCACUGCUCUCGACUGUACGUAAGUCCGAACACUUGUUAUCUAGUUAUCGCGCGAACUCUUGCGAGUGCAGCCUCUCGCCGCGAGUGUGCACUGUGUGGACCAGGUCAUUUAAAGGGAUCUCAGAAGUAGUUAUCUGAUAUCCGCACCCAUGGGUUUCGCUGGCUGUGCGACAGAUCCGAACGGUUUCUAUUGUCUUAUGGCACGAUACCAAUACUCUAGCACAAUCAGAAUGAAAUAAAAAUGCAACAAAAAAAAUCUACAUUUACAUAUAUACAUAUUUUUUAAGUUAAUGUCUCCCAAGGUGCCAGAAUGCAAUUACAUCUUAGCGUGCGGUACGUGAGGGCACUGGACAAUGACGCCAAGGGAAGAUGGAGGAAUUAGAGAUUCGCUGUGUCGAGCAACGUUGCCCAUCAGCACGAGUCCGCACAUUAAAUGACGUAUCACGCACACAUGUAUUUUGAUAUUCUUAUAUUGUAUACUCUCACGGUGGUAACCAAAGGGGGCGUCGAUUCGACGCAUAGCCAGCGAAUAACGCUCAUGUUUAUAAUGCGCAAGUUUGAAUGGGGGUUGGGAGCGGUGGCAGAGUGGUCGUCGCGAAUGCGGCUCACGAACCCGGCGACUUUGCAUUCCAUUCCCGGCAAAGGGUUGAACAUCGGUGGCGAUUGAAAUCUGAACUGGUCCUGGGCCCCCUCGGCCCUUCACCAACUCACACUGAGCAGCGUGCCGAAGUAUGGUCCGCGGAUUGACGUAGGACCGUAAAUUAUUAUUUUAGCUUGAAUACUGGUGAAGGGAAAUGUUUAUUGCGGAAGACACCACAGGAAUGACGAAGUGAAGUCUCCGAAUAAAGUAACGUUCUUGUGGUCUAGCAGUCCGUGUAUAGGGGCGAGGACGAUUCGCAUGUUUAAUGUUUGUGCCAGAGCACAGUGCUGAUAUCAUUGAGUGCCUGGGUUUGAAUCCACGGUUCAGACCUGUGAUUCAAUUGGCUUCUCAAGUGUAGCGAAUCGUACUAUGUAUUUUAUGUAUGUUGAACUUUGUUCGCACCAUACGUAGCCAACCGUGAUAAUUUAAUAGGAAGUGCGGGGGAAGGACAACAAUCUAAACACGAAACGCAAUUCUAAAGAAAUGAGUUUUCAAUCCAGAUUGAAAAUAAUUGAAGAGCUUAGACCGGUCACCAUUAUCAUCAUACGCCAUGAUCAAUCCACUGCUGGAUGAAAGUUUACCCACGCCGUUGCCACCUCUCAUUUGUUCUGCGAUGCACCGAUCCACGUGGCACCGGCAGACGAGCCGAUCUCAUCGCUCUGUCUCCUCGGUGGUCGUAUACCAUUCCUCGGUUGCCAUUCCAUCAGCAGUCUCGUCCGUCGGCCGGCAUCCCUUCUAGGAAUGUGUCCUGUAGGAGCCCACUUUAUUUUGUUAACAGUUUGAAUUAAAUAUUUAACCUGGAUGUGUGUUCUCUAAUCCACGUGCUCCUAUUUCUUUCUCUUCCAAUGCAAUUUAACUUUUAACCUCAUUCGGCUUUUGUUUGUCCAGAGGACUAACGAAAAAACAUUGGUUUUAGCAUGGCGUGCGAGAAUUGCUCCUUAUAAGGGUGCAAGGGUUUAUUGUCCCAACGCUAAAUACAAAAGGCCGAUUUAAGUACUGAACUGUAUCUUGACAGCGGAGUUAAGUGUCGAGUGUGCAGGCGGUGUAACUGCACU